AUGGUCAGCUUCUGGUUAGUGGUGUCAUCCUUAUUUCUUCUUGCGGAGGGUGUGGAUUGGCUCGCGUGGAUCGGGGACCAGUCGUUUGGGCAUGCAGGGGAUCCCGGAUGGCAGAAACUGGACCUCGCAGACCGCUUCAAGGCGUUGCCCUGGGAGGAGCCAGGAAAACCGAAUGGCUACCGCUACUUCUACCCGCAUGCAACCGAGUACACGCUUGGGGAGGGCUGUGGCCGAAAGAUGUGGCUCGACCUGUGGCAGCCCUUUUCUGAAACGGCUGCUGACGCGGCUGUGGGCGCCAACCUCCGUGGAGCGCUCUACACGCUCUUCGUGGACCACCUGACUCAGUUCUGCGUAAAGGUUUCGAACAAAGGCUGGGACGGAUGUGGCUCGGCAAGAAUCUGCGAAGAGGGAGAACCUUGUCCUAACGUGAUUCUCAAUGGCGACAACCCAUUCCCGCGACGCAUUGCCGAAGAUCGGGCGUUACCCCUCAACCAGUUCCUAGAGUUCGAAUUGCAGCACAAGCUGAAGCGUUAUCAAGACGACUUCCUGCGUGUGGCAAACUACAUGUACAACUUUGAUUCCAAGUGGAUGGGCAUUCCGUUUGCCGCUGACACGCGGCUGCUUGGCUUCAAUGUCACGACUCUGAAGCGGCUAGGACUCAAACUGCCACCUCCCUUCGAACUCGACGACUGGACAUGGGAGGACUUGGUGUCAUACGCUUGCAAGAUUAAAGCUGCAACGGGACAAGCGGGCCUGCUGGCGAAUUCUGACUGGGACGAGGACGCCAAGUUCUUCCUGCUGAUGCUCCAGGGUAUGGGUGGAGCUCUCUUGAGCACCACGGGUUCAGGUGCGGCAAGGGCGCGGACUUGCGGCCUGCGCAUGGGAACCGAAGUUGUGGAGAGCUUUUGGAAGCCCAUGGUGCAGAAGGGUUGCUUGGGAUCCAUUGGUGGCGGAGACUACUGGCUAGGCAGCUCCAACCAGAGCGCGGCGCUGGAAGCCGUGCUUGGCCCCAUCAACCCACUGGCGCCGCCAGACGUGAAGCCGCUCUCAAACUACAACUACGAGCUUUCCUCCGGGCGCUUGACUGGCUUUUUCAUCGCCAAUGGUCUUGAGGAGAGGGUUGGCCGAUGUGAGCUCAUGUCCGAGCAAGAGAGCUGCAAGGAUGAGGUUCUUAGCCAGUGCAAGUUGCUGGCUCGCUUCGAAAAUCGAAGCCAGGAAGAGUGCAAGGACCACACCUUCGCGCUGGGUGGCGACUCCUUUUUGCAUUCGGGGGCUUGCCAAGUGCUCUCCUGCGAAACUCGGGAGCGUUUGGACAAAGUAUGGCAAGCACUUCUAUUCCACCAACUACACCUUGUUCUCCACCCUCUGCAGCGAGAUCCGUUUUGCCACGAUGCCACGUGGCUUCACCUUUCAGGGGGGCAGCGGCCUCAUGAUACCCAAGCCGGAGGGCAACUAUCCUCAUCCAGACUGCCUCCCCGACCACCUCCUUGCCUUGAACACCUCGGUGAGCGCGGAGUGCCGCAGGCAGAUUGA